AGUAAAGCAUAAACUUUUGAUUUGCAGGUGAUUGUUACUUCUAUUAGUUUCAAAAUCAAAAAUGAAAUUCUUCAGUAUCCUUGUUUUGUUUGUCUGUUUUACUGUAUCCAUUUAUGCAGAUGGAAGUUAUAGACCAGAAGAUUGCUUUCUACCUGUUACUAUUGUAUACGAAGCAAUGUGUCUUAUUGCGUCUAGAACAGUAUGGCGAUGGGACGUAAAAACCAGGUCUUGUGUAACCGACAUGACUCAUGGAUGCACUAACACUAAGAACAAUUUCAAAACUGAAGAUGAGUGUAACGAGAUAGCAAAACCAGUUUGCGAAAAAUUACUGGCAAAUUACCACAACAAAUAGAACCACAAAAUUCAACCACAAAACAUAAUUUUUAUGAGUAAUAUAUUGUUUACUAUGUCUAUAAGUGUAUUAUUAUAAUCAAUAUAAUGAGUGUUACUCCUGUAGUUUAAAAGUAAAAGGCGAAUAAUUGUGACACUUAAUUCCAAAAUGCUGCUUUUUAUGUAUUAUGCAUUUUGAAGUUAUACUUCCAUACGCACGGUCGGCGUUGGAAAUUUGCGUGGGAGUGAAUCUGUGUAACCAUUACAUAUGUAAGAUAAUGAGUAGGAGAGAGACAGAAGAUAUAUUUUCUCUCUCUUCCUCUCCCGAAAAUAAAAAUGUUCGUUUUGUAUAUAUAUAUAUAUAUAUAUAUAUAUAUAUAUAUAUAUAUUUAUAUAUAUAUAUAUAUACAGUGGUGAGUGCCUUACCACCCGGCUUUUUAACGUAAGAGAUAGAAAACACAGUUACCUUGUGAAAUAAAAGGAGAUGAAACUCGUAGAGGUGGGAAAUAAUCGAUAGAAACCUAUAAUUUACAUUACAUUACAUUACGACUAUCGAUAGUCUCACACCUUUAGACGUUACCUUCGAUCUAAAUCACCGCGGUCAUAAUUAUUAUGUUUGACAGUUUGACGUCGUAUGUGUGACGUAUUUCCAUUUUUUAAUUUAGAUAAAGUAAAAACUGAUUGACCACAAUAAAGCAAAAAUGUGAAUAAAAUAAUUUAAUUAAUAGUGAUUACUUAUUCUAAAGUUUUAAAUUAUUAACCAAGAAUAAUUUCUACUAUGAUUUGAGGAGUUUCAUACACUCUUGUCACAUAAUAAUUAGCAAUCCUUCGUGGAUUGGUGGUAAGAAUUAGAUGAUUAGAGUUCAAAACCUACAUGAGCUUUUCUUUUUUCUUUUUUUAAUAAUUUGAAAUUAUGCAGAGAUGGUUUUGCUUUGAAUCACUAAACAUUUAUGUCAGUCGUUACUAGUAUUUGAAGUGUUUAAAGUUAAACAUAAAUAUCUUAUUGAAAAAAUAGUGUCGUCGUACUUUCGAAAAUAAAGUAAAAAUUCUUCAAAAUUAAAAGAAUGUUUAAAUAAGUAAAAAUUUUACAAAAAUAAAAAAAUAUUGUAAAUAAAUGUAUCUACAAUAUGUUCAAAUAAGCCUUCAUUAGCAGCAGAAUAUUAACCCAAACUGUCACAAAAGAAUUAUAAAAGUCUGAUGGAUCAGGGUUCAAGGCACGAUGUACUCAUGCAGGCGGUUAGGGUUCAAAUCCUACACGAAGUUUUUACUUUUUUAAAAAUUUGAAAUUAUGCAGAUAUUAUAUCGUUUUGCUUUAAAUCAUAAAACAUUUAUUUCAGUCUUUAUUAGAAGUGUUUAUAGUAAAACAUGAAAAUCUUAUUGAAAAAACAAUGUCGUACUUUCGAAAAUAAAGUAAAAAUUCUUCAAACAUAAAAGAACGUUCUAAAUAAAUGUACUUACAAAAAAUGUUUAAAUAAGCAGAAAUUCUAUAAAAAUAUUCUAAAUAAACGUAUUUUAUUCUAAUGAAAUGUAUUUACAAAAAAUGUUCAAAUAAUCCUCCAUUAGCAGCAGAACAAUAACCGAAUCUAUUAUGAAAGUUUCGUCUAACAUUAGUUAAUGUUUCUGGACUAAUACCUCUCAUUGAAUCAGAGAUCUUUUCUCUUAAUUCUUGGAGAGAAUUAGGCCUAUCCUCUUCAAUUCCAUAUAGUUUGGACUUGAUAUAUCCCCACAUAAAAAAAUCACAAGGUGCAAUAUCAGGUGAUCUUGCAGGCCAAAAAAUAUCUCCGUGUCCACUAAUCAAUCGAUUAGGAAAAGUCGCACUGAGGUAUUCACUGACGAUGCGAGUAUUAUGUGCAGGACAACCAUCGUGUUGAAACCAUAUGGAAUCGAAAGGAAUUGGUGAAUUACGAAGGGCUGGGACAAUUUGAUUUUGCAGAAGUUCCAAGUAUUUCCGCCCAGUCAAUAUACCGUCUAUAAAAAAUGGACCAAUGACAUGAUUCCCUAUUAUGCCUCCCCAAACAUUUACUUUUUGAGGACGCUGGGUACGAGCGACAUAAAUCUGACGAGGAUUUCCUCGGGACCAAUACCGAGCAUUCAUUGAAUUGUGACGGCCAUGCAAUGAAAACGUACAUUCAUCGGUGAACAAGACGUUCCCUAAAAAAUGUUCAUCUUGAUGUGACAUUUCCAUUGCAGUUUGACAAAAUUCUAAACGUCUAUAUUGAUCCCCAGGGAAUUGUUCGUUGGAUUUAUGAAGUUUAUAGGGUCGGUAUCCAUGUCUUUUCAAAAUUUUACCAACUCUAAAUCUUGAAAUUCCAUAUUGUUCUCCGAGACGAGAUGUUGAUUGGGUAAGAUUUUGCUCAAUACUUGCACAAAUCAAAGUGUCCCUUAGUUCCAAAUCUGGAUUUACCUCCCUUCGUCUACGAACUGCUCUUGGAGCGAACACGGAUCCAUAAGUAAAAACUUACGUAUAAUAGAUUGAAUUGUUGAUCGUGAUGGAGCCGGCCUAUUUGGAAACAUAUUUACAAAUUGUUGUCUAAUCAUGUUGUCUGAGAAUCCAUUCACAUACCAGACAACAAUUUGCACUUUUUCCUCGACCGUUAAAACCAUUUUCACGAAUUGUUUUUUCAAUAAAAAGUUUCUGUUUACCGUGCAAAAAGACUUCUCGAUAUGUUAUUAUUUGAUGGCUUAAAGGCUUCGCUUCGCGCGCAUCCAUUCCAAUGUUGUUAAUUGUUUUGAAAAUCAUUACCUGUAAAGAGGAAUUGAUAUUAACAUUCUAAAGACUGUAUGAAUUGAAUUUGAAUUAUUUUGUAUUUCCGUUUUAUACCAUUGGAAUAAAAAUAAAUUGUAAAUAAUGAGUUUUUCGAAAAUUUGUUACCUAAUAUGUAUCAUAUUUUCUAUUAUUUUUUUAUUGAUAAAACAAAAAUUUUAUCCUUGGUGUGAAUUGAACCCCAAUUUACUCGUCAAUAGACAACGUCCCUAACCACUACACCAAUUUCACAUGCAUUAAUUGUUUUCGGACAAAACAUACCUAGCUUUAUUUUAGUCAAAUAUUUCAGUUGAGUUAUUUUUACUAUUAAAUAAAUUUAAAGAUUUAUAAUUUAAAAUCGCUACUAAUUAAUGUUUUUUACUAUAAUAUAUCUUAAUUUAUUCAAGUAUUUAUUCUAACAUCAGAAAUUAUUAAAAUAAAAUAUUUUUGAGGUUAUCCGUAUAAUUAUGACUGAAGUCAAAUAGCCACGUAUAACGUCUAAAGGUGUGAGACUGUCGAUGGUGGUAAUGCAAUGUAAUGUAAAUUAUAGGUUUCUAUCGAUUAUUUCCCACCUCUACGAGUUUUAUCUCUUUUUAUUUCACAAGGAAACUGUGUUUUCUAUCUCUUACGUUAAAAAGCCGGAUGAUAAAGCACUCAUCACUGUAUAUAUAUAUAUAUAUAUAUAUAUAUAUAUAUAUAUAUAUAUAUAUAUAUAUAUUUAUAAUAUAAUAUGUAUUAAUAUUAUUAUUUAUGCGAUAUAUUUUGUAUUAUUUAUUAAACGUUUAUAAUUAUUUUAGGCUUUUGUAUUUUAGAAUAAUCACUGUUUGACCGAGAACUGUCAAUUUUAAAAUCCGUAAGUGUCAUCUCUAACUGGCAAAUCCUUUACGUGUUUGGUUCAUACGCUAGUGUUUGUGAGUUCAAAUCCCAAUAUGAAUUUCCUUUUUUAUUUUUGAAAUAUUUAAAAACCUCACGUUAAUCUUAUUAAAUAUAUGUAAUAUACAUAAAAAUGCUAAAUUUUAAAAUAAAAUAAAAAUUUAUAAAUAAUCCGAGUUGUUGGUUUUCUAUUUUUAUCUUCGUAAAGUAAGUUAUGUAUAUUGGCAGUUUUAAAUACUUAUGAAUAUUGCAUUUUAAUUUAUAUUGUAUUAUUAUAUUGAAUUAUAUUGCAGUGUAUUUAUUGUAUUGUAAUUUUUAUAUUAAUAUUAAAAUAAACAAUAAAUUUUAUUACAGAGU